UCUUGGGUUUAUCAUGGUUGAGAUGAAACUAUGAGAAUCCUAUUAUGCUGGCAAUGAAUAGGAAUCAAGUGAUUUGGUAUUUUAUAGCCUAACCAAUCGAACCCAUUGAUCCAUACAAAAACAAAUAUACAAUUUAAACUUGAAAACAUUAAAUUAUGAUUAAGUUUAAGAUUAACGCGAUGACCGAGUUAAUGGGAAAAGAGAGGAGAAAGAAGAAGGAGAAGAAGAAAGGUUUAUGGUUGAACGUAUCUUGAAGCAUUGAAAGCGUCCAUUUUAAGCUUUCCUUUUCACAUUUUAUUUUCAUUUUUGUUGACAGUUUAAUUUUGGCCUUUCAUUUGAUUGUUUUCUGAUCUUGAACUUGCUUUAGAGUAAAGGCUUAAAGAUCGUCAAUAAUUAUCAACAAUCAACUAAUUAUGCCAUUAAUUUUGUGCUUUAUGUGUAAAAUUAGUCUGUGAGCCUUUUCGUGUUUUUAUUUCACAUUUGUUUGCCCUGUGACUUUACUGGACCCUUGUUUUCAUCUAUUGAUAGACCUGUGACAAUCUUUAUGUUGGAUUAACAAGAUAAUGGCUUAUGUUUCAUCUCGUUAUUUCAUUGUUUAUAUUGGAUACUUUUUCACCAUUGGAUUGAUCAACUGUGAUCAUCUGAUUGUUUCACCUUUAACAUCAACCCCAUCUUCAUCUCAUCAAUUGGAUUACCAAUCUGCUUGGAGUCGACUGGAAAAUUUUACGAAGCUUUCGAUCCAUAAUUUAGUCAACAGAUAUCAGAAAGAUGUUAAUCACAUCAUCAAAUCAUCGAAAAUUUCCAUUGAAUGUGAAAAUUCGCUUGAAACGUUUAUGCAAGAUCUAAAGCUAAUGAAAGUUGAUGCUAUACGCCAAUUUGAUUCGAUGGGUCGAAUACCAACUGGAUUACUAGAUGGAACCUGGAUUGAUCCUGGAUCGUUUCACCAAUGUCUUGAUUUACCAGGGACUCAAUAUUGCUUCAUGUUUUCCAAAAUGCCUCUACCAUCAGCAAACCAUCGUGAAGGCUGGCAUCGUCCUCAUUCCAAUCAACAAUUUAAUUUAACCACGGAAGCUUUUAAAUAUUUAACAUCCUAUGCUCACUUCUUUCGUUAUUUAAAUUUAACAACUGGUCUCUGUGUUCCACAAUUGUGUUCAAAAGAUGACAUCCAAUCAAUAGCUGUAACUGGCCAUAAUUAUUACAAGACUGGAUUCACUGUCAAUGUUGACUUGUGCACAAAUCGGUCAAGUUCAAAUGAAAUCGCUUUGCGGGAAAUCAUUGCUACUUUUUUCAUUGUUGCCAUAAUCUCGUUGAAUAUUGCUGGGACAAUAACAAAGGGAACUCGAGGUCCACAAUUCUUAUCUCAUUUCAAUUUCGCAGCGAAUUGGAAAAAGUUAUUUCAACCUCGAUCAUCUGAUGCAGCAAUUCCUGCUCUUGAUGGUAUAAAGACUAUUACAAUGGCAUUUAUGAUUCUGGUUCACAUAUUUUUUCUACUUUUUUAUCCAAAAUAUCUUUCUUCUUUCAAAAUUCCUGGUACUUCAACCUCACCAUUGGUUGUUUUAUUUUUUCUUGGGCCUUUCACAGUGGAUACCUUUUUCCUCAUCACAGGCUUAGAGAUGACACUUCAGUUAAUCAAAAAAAGGCGACCUUUCAACCUGACGGGUUAUUUGUUGAUGAGAUACAUUCGCUUUGUUACGGUAAUUGGCUGGACAAUUUGCUGUUACAUCGUAUUUUUCUCUAAUCAUGUGCGUGAUAUAAUUGGAGGUCCUUAUUGGCCUUUUUUUAAAGCAACAGGAACCAUCCCUGUUAAAUGUGGACGCAAAUGGCCUCUUCAUAUUUUGUUGAUUGCUCAUUAUUUUAAUGUCGGCGAAGAUUCACAGUUAUGUUUACUGGGUGAUUGGUAUCUUGAAGCUGAUUACUUAUUUACAGUGCUAUUUCUGGCCAUUUUAAUUCCUAGUUUGAAAGGAAAAUUAAAAGCUUCAUAUGUUAUCACUAUCAUUUUUAUAAUUUUUGGCUCUGUGAUUAUCGGACUGGUCAUGCAUUUUGGAGAAGUUCAACACACAUGGCAACCUUUGAUGUAUCAAGACGAAGGUUUCAUCCGUUAUCUGGCAUUUAUUCAUGGCAAACCGUGGGGUCAUAUUAGUCCGUACUUCAUUGGUGUUUUAUUAGGAUUAAAGUUUUACGAUACAAUCAAGGUCAAUAAAGUUAAAAUGACAUCAAUCUGGAUUAUUUGGAUUAUUUGUUGGAUAAUUUUAAUGAUUUAUGAAUCUUCUAUCAAUCUGAAUCUUUUUGUUGUGCCUUAUUCAGUCUCAUUGGCUUAUGGAAUGUUUUCAAAGAUAAUUUGGUCUUUUAUUGUCGGCUGGGUUAUUUAUGCCUGUCAGCAUGGCUAUAGUCAUCGGUGGAUGGAAAAAUUUCUGUCUUUUCAUGCAUUUACUGUUCUGUCUCGUAUAAAUUUGUCAGUUUUAUUUGUUAAUCUAUUAGUUGUUAGGCUGCGAAAUGCCACCCUACAAUCAAAUUCACUUCCAAUUUUAAUGGAUAUCAUCUAUUCAGAAGUGAUUCCACUUUUUGUUAUAAUUUAUGCUGUUUCUUUUGUUUUCAGUGUUUUAGUUGAGGGGCCAACAAUCAAUUUAAUUAAACAAAUGGCCACGAGAAAACCAAGGAACAAGAAAGUUACUGAUAUUGCAUUGGCAACUGACGAAGCAGUUAAGUCUGUGUUAACUAGUUCAUGACGCUUCUUGUUUUGAGAAGAAAGUUUUAACUUAUGAUGUAUUUUAUUUCACUUUGUUGGGGAAUAAGCCAUGAAUAAAAUUCACUCUCAAAGGGAUA